CUUUCACGUGUGUGUGUGUUGUAGAUGUAUCGCUUGUGGUGAUUUUAAUUUUAAUAAUCUAUUUACAAUACCUAUUAUUAGUUUGGUGUGUAAUAAAAUAAAACUAAGACAAGGAAAAUGGCCAUGCAACCACAUAGCAAGAAAAGAGUAUGCUAUUAUUACGACAGUGAUAUUGGAAAUUAUUAUUAUGGCCAAGGUCAUCCUAUGAAACCACAUCGUAUACGUAUGACGCAUAAUUUACUAUUAAAUUAUGGUCUUUACAGAAAAAUGGAAAUAUAUAGGCCUCACAAAGCCACAGCUGAUGAAAUGACCAAGUUCCACUCGGAUGACUACAUAAGGUUUCUUCGCUCUAUCAGGCCUGAUAACAUGUCUGAAUAUAAUAAACAAAUGCAGAGAUUCAAUGUUGGUGAGGAUUGUCCUGUUUUUGAUGGAUUAUAUGAAUUCUGCCAACUGUCUGCUGGAGGUUCUGUUGCAGCAGCCGUCAAAUUAAAUAAACAAGCUUCAGAAAUUUGUAUCAACUGGGGUGGUGGUCUACAUCAUGCUAAGAAAUCUGAAGCGUCUGGGUUUUGUUAUGUUAAUGACAUAGUUUUGGGAAUCUUGGAAUUAUUGAAAUACCAUCAGAGAGUUUUGUAUAUUGAUAUUGAUGUGCACCAUGGCGAUGGAGUGGAAGAAGCAUUUUAUACUACAGACAGAGUUAUGACAGUAUCAUUCCACAAAUACGGUGAAUACUUCCCUGGCACAGGUGACCUGCGAGAUAUUGGUGCGGGGAAAGGCAAAUAUUAUGCUGUCAAUAUCCCGCUACGCGACGGCAUGGACGAUGAAUCUUAUGAGUCUAUUUUUGUUCCAAUAAUUUCUAAAGUAAUGGAGACUUUUCAACCUAGUGCUGUUGUGCUGCAGUGCGGUGCUGACUCAUUAACAGGUGACAGAUUAGGUUGUUUCAAUCUGACAGUCCGAGGGCAUGGACGAUGUGUGGAGCUUGUAAAGAGAUUUGGCUUGCCUUUCCUAUUAGUAGGAGGUGGAGGGUACACAAUCCGUAAUGUAUCACGAUGCUGGACGUACGAGACGUCAGUCGCACUCGGCGUCGAAAUAGCCAAUGAGUUGCCAUAUAAUGAUUACUUCGAAUAUUUUGGGCCCGACUUCAAACUCCAUAUAUCACCCAGCAAUAUGUCCAAUCAGAACACAUCUGAGUACUUGGAGAAAAUUAAGAAUAGACUGUUUGAAAAUCUGAGAAUGUUGCCGCACGCGCCUGGAGUGCAGGUACAAGCUAUUCCCGAAGAUGCUGUCAAUGACGAGUCCGACGAUGAGGACAAAGUCGAUAAAGACGAGCGAUUACCACAGAGUGAAAAGGACAAGCGUAUAACUGGCGACGGCGAGCUGUCCGAUUCCGAGGACGAGGGCGAGGGUGGCCGCCGCGACAACCGGUCGUACCGCGCGCCGCAGCCGCAGCCGCGCAAGAGGCCGCGCCUCGACAAGGACGCGUCCGCCGUCAAGGACGAACUCAAAUCCGAAGAUAUAAAAGACGACGUGAAAAACAUGAGCGUGGAGGAACCAAAGAAAGAAACGGCGACUAAUCCCUGAUGCGCGCGUUAGACUGGAACAACUUAAACCUGUUCGUACCAUAUGCAGGGAUUCCACAUGGAAUUAUUUUUUUAGCUUUGUAACAAAUGACUAAUCAGUCUUAUGCUAAAGUUUAUACUAUGCCUUAUGGCAUGCAAUCGUGAAACUUUAUACAUACAAUUUCUGUACAUGUUUUAGUUCACGGAUUUUGUACUGAUAAAUAAGAUCUCCUAUGUUGAACAAGUUGUCACCACUUGGGAUCAAUUUGUAACUCGUAUCGUAAUUAAUAAAUAAAAGAAUAUUUUCUCC